AUAACUUGCAGGAGAAUGGCACAGGAAAAUAAUUGAAAAAAACAUCUUACAAUGUUUUAAGUAAGUUUAUAGUUUUGUAUUGGGCUUUAUUCAUAGCUAUCUUGGGGGUGCAUGCAGCCUGUGGGCAUAGCUGGGACAUGCCUGGUAACUCAUGACUUGGACAUGAAACAGUCAAUAUGGAUGCUCUGGGUUCUACUCAUUUCUUCCCUGUACAGCACUGGCCACUUCUUCUUUUCCUUCCAGUUGUGGGGGCCUCCACACAGGAGAGUGUGGCCUGAGGCUCGUUCUGAGGACUCUACACCCUCUCCCUGCCAUCGGUCUUCUGAGACAGUUCCACCAUUCUCUGGCAGGAUGAACGCCCUUGAUGGUGUCCCCUUCAAGGUGCCCAAGGGCUUUGCAAUGGACACAGAGCCCCACCCUGCUCCAGAGCUCAGUGUCCCGGACUGUAGAGAGCUUCUGCUGGGCUCCAUGUAUGACUUCAGCCUGGAGAGGAAGGCUCUCUUCUGGGUGGAAGCAGCCAUCCGAGGACCUUGUCCCCAACACUGUAAUGACCCGGGGAUUGCAUCAGCACCUCCAGCCUGGUUCUUACUCGUCAGUCCAAACGGCAGUCUGGUGCCUGCACCUGCUGAAGUCAGAGGCCCAGAGGCUGGACUACAAGAACCUCCCGAGGAGGAAGAAGAGGAGGAAGAAGAAGAAGAAAUAGGGGAGAAGGGGGAUGAGGAAGAUGCCUCCUCUGCCAGCGAGGAGGAGAUGGACUCCAGCAGCCCUCAGCCCGGCUCCCCUACAGGCCAUCGCCGCUACUCCCUGGGUGUGCUGCGAAACAUGAGGUCUGAGCUGGCUGGUGCCCGGCGCCGGCUCUCGGAGAGCAGACUGGCCACGUGUCCUCGGGCCCUUCUGCACCGCUUCCGAGGCCACCGCACUCUGAGCCUGAGUGCCAGCCCGGCGCCAGCCCCUGGCCUAGCACCGCAGCCCCCCAGCAUCCCCGAGCUGCCCCCACGACCCUCCACCGCCGACGCCAUGCCUCCACUGCGGAGCCACAAGCCUACUGUCGCUUCCCUCAGCCCCUACACCUGCUUGCCACCUCUUAGUGGGACACCCCAGCCCCUCGACUCCUAUAGAUUGCAUCCUGACUCAGCAACUGACCUGCUGUCUGCUCUGACCAAAGAGGAGCAAGACCUCAUCGGGCCAGUGGUUGCUUUGGGCUAUCCCCUGGGAAGGGCCAUUGUGGCUCUGCAGAAGACAGGAAGGCAGAGCCUGAGCCAGUUCCUCGGCUACCUCAGUGCCUGCGAGAGGCUGCUGCGUCAGGGCUAUGACGAGGCCCUGGUGGAUGAGGCCAUGGAGAUGUUCCAGUUCUCCGAGCACCAGGCGGGGGAGUUCCUGCGCCUCUGGCAGCAGUUCAGUGACAUGGGCUUCCAGCCAGACCGGAUCAAGGAGGUGCUGCUGGUCCACGGCAAUCGGCGGGAGCAAGCCCUGGAGGAGCUGGUCGCCUGUGCCCAGUGACAAGCCAGGAUACUCCGUGACACAUGGCUGACCAGUGAAGUACCAGACCCACCACCCAUCCUAACUGCAUUAUUAAAACCUAAUAAGACAA